GUAAAAUCUCCAAACUCUUCUUUCUACCUCUGAUUCCGAGCUCCUGAAGAAUCCUCUAUCAAACACAGAGAGAGAGAGAGAGAGAGAGAGAUAUGGCAGGAAGAGAGGUCCGCGAAUACACCAAUCUCACCGACCCUAAAGACAAGAAAUGGGGAAAAGGGAAGGAGAAGAUAGAUGAUGAAGACGUCACCUUCCAACGCAUGGUCGCAAAGAUGCAAGAGGUUGCAGGAGAGCGUGGAGGCUACCUUCAUGGGCGAGGCGCCCUGGACAGUGAUGAUCUACUCUAUCUCAAGGAGCAGAUGGAAGCUGAGGAGGAUGCAGAACGCCUCCUUCGUCGCACUGAGAAACGAGCAUUUGCAGCAUUUAAGAAAGCUGCAAGUUUAGCUGAUUCUUCACCUGCAUCAGUCCCCUUGCCACUUCGAGUUGAGCCCAAGCCCAAGAGUGGAAUCAGACAGCAAGAUCUUUUGAAAAAAGUAGUGGAAAUCAAACCCAAACGGCAGAGAGGUUCCAAUCCAUCUGAUGGGAAUCAGUCAACUCCACCUUCAAAUGAUUCUGCUCCAAAAUAUCUUUAUCCUGAUUCUCACCUAAAGAAGGAAAAAGAGCAGCCUGAGGCUGACCAAGAGGAGAAAGAGCAGCCUUUGUCAAGAUCCAAUAAAGCAGAGGAAGAUACUAACAUGGAAAACCCUGUUAAAAGUUUGCUAGGUUUGGCUUAUGCAAGUUCGGAUGAUGAUGAAGACUGAAGAAUGAAUUGGUAUCUGUUGGUGCAACACCACAUCCGUUCAUUGUUCUUUGUUGAUAAGUAGUUUAUUGAAGGAAAAAAAAAGUUAUUCAUUGAUAAGUACAGCAUGCUUUCUUUCUCAUGACAUAUUUUCAGUCUGACCAGGACCAGUUGUCAAUGAAGCAAAACUUAGGAUUUAUAUUAUACUGUACAACCAGGGUAGGAUUUUCACUUUUAGGUACUAUAUUUAGCCUUCAAGUUGUGCCAUUGUUCCAUUUGAUAUCUCCUUUACUCUCUGUCCCAGCAUCUAGAUCCUGAACUGCAUCGUACAGCUCCUGAUGAUUUUGUCAAUGACCUCACAGAUCUGGCGUCUGCAACCUGGGAAUCUUUUUGACACUUCUAGUGUAGCUUGCCCCUCUGGCACCUGUUUGACUGAAAGAAGCUCCAUUUUUGCCAAACCAUCCUCAGAAUAAUUUCCAGGAGCUUGUUUUUCUGUAGCUGCUCUUUCCCCAUCUCUGACCCUUUUUUAAGCUUAAUUUUUCCUUUUAUAUUUAUAGUUUGUAAAUAUGCAAAGAUAAUUCGGAUGUCCUAUUGUUCUAUGUUUCCUUUUACUUUUCCUUUUGGCUUCAA